AUGUCAUCGAUUUUUCCCAUUCUUCGUCGAGGCAUUUCGACGACAGCAGUUGUCAGUGGUAAAAGGAAUUUACGGAAGUUCACUCUCUACAAUAAGAGAGGAACACGAGAAUUCAAGGAACGACAGAGACACAAUCCUGAUCCUGAUAUUCCAAUUUUCCAUCGUGGAACGAGAACAACUGGUAUCAAAGUCGGAGAAAAGUUUGUUCUAAUUCCCGAAAUGGUUCCGGAAUUGAUAGUACCAAAUUUAGAAGGUUGUGAUUUAAAACCUUACGUGUCAUACCAAUCUACACGUGUAGUCCAAUCAGCAUUUAAACCUCGGGAUCUCUUCAACGCAAUUUAUGCGGAUAAAAUAAAAAAAGAUUUCGAAGCGAAAAAAUUGGACGAUAAUGGUAAUUCCCUGGAGCCAAGUAAUUUUGAGUCUCUUCUACCACAUGAAGCACAAGCUCUCGCUGGCAAGACUGGCAGCGAUAUCUUCGAGCAAGAAAAACCUCCAGAAUAUUUAGAGGAAGUUAAGUAAAAAUCACAGGAAAUAUCUCAUUGAUUUCUUCCUUCGUUUAUUGUCGUAGAACGUGAUUAUGUAAAUAUCUCACAUGUAUAUGUUUAAACAAUAAAUAUGCGACUAAAAUUAGUGGGCCUAUGUCUCAGAAUCUCAUCGAUUCGGAGUUUACUAAAAAAACUGAAAAAUUUCUUAAUUCGCUUUUCUAAAAUUUAAUUUGUAUAUUUCUUUAACUAAUUGCUCUUACUGAUGAGUUCUACGUGCAGCCGGUGGUAUGACAUACUUUAUCUCAGAUACUCUGAUCUUUAUCGAUAGAUCAGUCAAUUACUCGUAAUUCGAAUAACAUCGUAGUGAUCGGUGUUGCCAAAUGCCUGUUUUUUUAUCCAAAAAUUCCUUUUAAUUUUUCUAGGAUGGGGUAUAUCGCCCGAAGGCUCGAUGAGGUAUCGAUACCAUCGUUUGAAAAUCGUCAAUCAGUCGCGUGAAGUUCAUUCGAUUGAUCAAUAAAAUUUUUGGAAUAAAAAACUGCCAUUUGGCGGCUCUGGUAGUGAUCGUUUUGAUGAUUCAAAAUCGUGAGCCAACUUCAAUCAAUCGGUAGUUUCCGCCAAAUCAUCCGUUAAAGGUAGCUCUACCCUCGUGUCGCUAAUUAAAAAAUGAUGAUUCCAAGUAAUCGAGUUUUCUAACACUUUUGUGGAGUUUUCGGUGAUAUUUGAAGUUAUUAAAAGGGUAGAGCUCCUUUAAAAAUCGAUUUUUCGUCGCCAUUUUCUCCCAUUCAAUAUUGAUAUGAUAAUAAUCUCUCGUCGAGCAGCAAAUAAUUCACAUUAUUCUUCUCAGUCCUAAAAAAUAUCUAUGCUAUUGACUAUGUUAGACCUUGCAUUGCAAAAUGACGAGUACAUAUCACAUAUAAUCUUUACUCCCAAUUGAAAAAAAUUCUUUGAAGAUUUCUCCAACGAAUUAUCCUUCAUUUUUUUUAAUUUACCGUUCUCUCGCUAAAUGGCAAAUUAGCGGUUUUCUGGGUAUUUUUUUUCUAGUACGUACGAGAUGAUUUCAGAGGGCAAUUAAGUAAUCAACAGGAAUCACCUACAUCACACUAAUGAAAAUCUAUCGUCCUAAGAAGGCAUUUUUUUCGUGUUUUUUUCCGAUUUUCUGGACACUUAGUGAGUUUAUUCUUCAGUAAUUCGAUGUUGAUUGAUCAGAAUUAUACCGAGCGGUGGAUAUAACUCACAUCGAGCCGAGGAAAUGCAUAAAAACUCAUCGGGGGAAAUUAGAAUUGAAUAGUUCAGUAAUUAAAUGGUAAAAGGAGUGAACUUGAUUUUGACAAUUGACCUGUUUUUGAUGAAUACCUCGAAAUCAAAAACUCGACUCGAAGAUACGUCAGUUCAUCUCGUUUUACCACUUCAUUACUUAAUGACAGUUUUUGAUACCUCGAAACCCCGUUAGAAAAUCAAUUACCAAUUGCAUUUCAUGUGUAAUUCCCGCAAUAAAUCUCUUGAUAAUCAAGUCCCAAUAAAAAAAAUUGUGAUACAAGAAAAAUUUCCAUAAAGCUGAUUCCCAAACAAAUAUUCACAAAAAUCUCAUCAAAUCGUAACAAUAUUUGUAACAGCAUUCGUUCACCUCAGUAGACUCGCCUCCAAUCGUCAUUUUUUAUUUAAAAAAAAGAGAUUCUUAUUUUUGUUCACUUUUGAGCGGAGUUUGAUUGUAUUUAUCAUUUGUUCAUUUUAAAUAUAUCUAAAAUGUUAAAGGGAUAGAUCCCAAAUGAUUGAAGUCGUUGUUGGUUGUGCGCGGCCGGUAUUGCUCAUCAAUUAUCUUAUUAAACAGUUGAAGCUCUGAAAAAUCUAGUACCUAAGGGAGAAAUAUCUUCUGCGAUGAAGAGGAAUCAUUAUGGAUUCGUUUCUUCCUCCCGAUAAUCGCCGAACACCUUCUCAUUAUUUCAACAAUUAUGCAGACUUUUUUUUUCACAAGUAUUAUUGACUAGUUUCAUAUGAUUAUGACGAGAUUAAUUGAUUUCUCAACGUGACAACAUGUUUCAUUUCCGAUGGUCAAUGAAAAUCAGAUAUCAGCAGAAAAAAAAAAUCAUUAAUGAUCAAGUUAAUUAAUGAUCAAUAAUGUAAUGAAAAAAUAUUGUGAAAACGGCAUAAAAAAACCCAUUCCUAUUGUUCGGAAUUUGAAUUCGAGAGAGAUCGAUAACAGAAAUCGAUAGCACUGGAAAUAAUACUUAUGCCGAUUUCUGGUGGAAACUCGAUAAUUGUCAUGACUAUCCAACAAACACUUUUCAUCAUUACAUCAUUACAUGUUAUUCAACAAUUUUUUUUAUACUUAUGAAUUAAUAACCAAAUUGUCUAGUUUAUUUACUUCUUCAUCGCGUGGAUCGAUGAGCUGCGGUUGUUUAAUUACAUUGGUGACGAUCCCAGGCGACUCGAUGGCAGUGGGAUAUUAUUAAAAUUCUAUCGUUUGAAAUAAUUAAUUACUCAAUCAAUUCAAAAUUACAUUCGGUCAUUGCAAUGACUUUAACAAAUUCAGUUUCACGUAUCAAAAAUCAAUGACUCAUUCGCCAAUUUUUUUUUCUCCAUACAAGUCUUCAACUGCGCCCUUAAAGCUAUGGUAAAAAUCCCAUUGACCUUAAGCCAUCAAUUUUAGCUCAUUAACGAGUUUUUUUUUUCAUUUUUCUAUUACUAAUUCUGAAGGAAAAUUCUAGUGCUUAACUUUUACCCAUCAUUUUAUUAAAUUCUUGUCUGGAUUCUAAUAAAUUGGUGUUUUAUCAGUUCGAGUUAAUGAUCAGUCUAUUUAUGGUUAAUGAUUACAUAUUCCUGUACCACACGAUAAUUUUCCAGUCUAGAGUUCAUGAUAGAAAGUGGUUAGUAGGAGAUGUCUGUUUGAGAUGAAAUACAGUAAUUCCCUCAGGAACAGAACAACUGCUUCAACUAUCGAACAUUUUUUCCCAAAAAAAAAUCCUCGAACUACGCAGUAAGCUAAAACCUAAUAAUAUUUAAAAAUCAUUGGAUGGCUCUGCGAUGGAAUUCAUCUGUCACUGAAAAAUCCCGUAGAUAAUAAAUAUUUAGAUUAUUUAUUCCAUUGGAUCACCGGCAUUUUCAAAGAUCGUUGCAUGAGGACUGUUACUAGCUGGCCACAAAAAUCCACCAACACUUCCAGGAGGCAGAUAAGAGGCACCACCCAAUCCAACCUGAAGUUAAUUAUUCAUCCGAUUGGCUAGAAAUUCUUAAUUUCUCUUGAUUCAUCACAUACUCUUGCAUCCCUGUGCCAAUAACCAAGCAACAGGCAGAUAAAUUGGGUGUCAUGCACGUGCCAUGAAAAUAAUGACAAAUGUUUAAAAAAAUAAUAUUCAUUUAUUGCAGUGAAAUAAAUAAAUUAUAGAAACAAAUUUGCAGGUACAGACUACGUACAUUUCUAACUUGUGAAUUAAUCAUUCUUUAUCAUAACAAAUACACAAUUUCGAGUGUAAAAAAAUGUAUUAUAAUUGCGUGGGUGAAAACAAAUUCCCUGGCAAUAAUUCAACAAAUCAAAUGAAAAUAAUCCAAUGGUAAAGAAAAAUUUUUAAUUGUAAUCUCUCUUUUCAACUGAUUCAUUCCACGAAUUCUUAUUUUAGCCCAACGUGAUAAAUAUUUACAUCCAACAGUUGCUGGGAGUUAUUAAAAAUAAAAUCAGUCCUCUGUCAAACUCUAGACUAAAUAAAUGUUCGUUAAUACUCAGGAUGUUACCUGCUGGCUCCACAGCAGUGUCCUCUCUGCUAAUUGACAAUCAGCAGCGAGUCGAGAUGGUAAACUCUUCCAUCUGUCUUCUUCACGUUCUCGAUCUCUUUCAAAAUUUGAAUCAGAUGUUUGAGAUAGUGGUGGAAGUAUUUGGGUACGUUGGGCCAUUUUGUAACUGUCCUGACGUGGUACAUGCUCACCACAACGUCGAGCUGAUGAUGAACCACUACUACCACUACCUGAUAAACCUGGUAGAGGUGUAGGACUACCACCACCUCGAUGUCUGUGAUACAUAUUUCUCUUUUGCUGGAGCAUUCUCUGCUGCACUAAUAAUUGCAACUGCAUACUCGAGUCAACACGUGUUUUGAAUUGCUGUUGAUUUGGUGAUGUUGAGUUUGGUCGUAGAUGGACGAGGUCCAGGUGUCCACGAGCUUUUCCUGAAUCUGAAUGAUUAAUUUAUGGUUACUAAACUGGAAAUGGAAAAGCUAAAUGGAAAUAAUUACCUUGAAUACUUCGUUGUUUGACAGGUCUAUCACCCGUACUAGUCUGUUGACAAAACAUUAGUCUUGGCCCAGCAUCAGAAGCUCUCCUUCCCUGUCCUGUUCUCGCUAUUCUAGCUGCUAUUGGUGAUGGACUUUUAGGUGGUGGUGGUGUACAAGACGGUAAACUACUGGUAAAACAUCCAGUAAUUGAAAAAUCAGGUGGACAACCCGAGUCAAAGCUCGAUUCAAAUAAUUCAGAUGACGAACUACCACUGCAACCAGCUCCAAACAGUGUCGCACGACUCGGUGGAUCAAUGGACUCCAUCAUUGAGUCAAAAUGCUGCUGUUGGUAAUCACUGAGACGACGAUUAACAAUUUGACUGUCAAUUCUUUGGCUAAUGUCACGAUCCAAUCCCAAUCGAUGCUCCUGCAGUUUAAUUUGUGCCUCACGGAGUUCAUCACCGCUUGGUCCCUCCUCAAGAUCGCCCUCUGCACUGCAACAACCCUCGUCCGUUGACGAUGACGUUGAACUGAAACGCUUGCCACAUCUGUUAGCUUCAUCCCGUC